CCGCGAGAUCGAUCGACCGAUCGAUCAAUCGAAUCCUCGCGCCGCCGCCGCAGCGAGGUGCCAGCUUCAAAAGUUUAGCUGGAGUAUCCUGAAUGGAUUUAAAUGCUUCACCAUGUCCUGAAGAAGAUGACCAGUCUUAUGAAGAGCAUGUUGAUUUUUCACAGAAUGAGCAUGCUGAGUCUGCUGUUGAGAUAAUGCGAAGGGAACGUGAAGAGCGACGGAGGAAGUUAAAGAGGGAGCAGCAUGAUGAUGGACCAAAGCCAUAUCGACCACAGAUUAGGAAUGAUCAUAUGAAUCAAAACAAAAUCAGUAGACAUGGACGGAUUAAAGAGCCACCUCAGGGCUGGUUGGAUUGCCCUGGAUCUGGUGAGCCAAUAGAUAGGAUUGUACCUUCUAAAGUUCCCCUGGAUGAAACCUUCAACGAGUCUGUGCCUGCUGGGAAAAGAUAUUCUUCCAAGCAAGUCGUUAAUAAACAAAGAAAAGCUGGCAGAGAUAUCGGUUUAGUGAUUGACUUGACAAAUACCACUCGGUACUAUUCACCAACUGAAUGGACAAGACAGGGUACUAAACAUGUCAAGAUUGCCUGCAAGGGAAGAGAUGCUGUUCCAGACAAUGAAUCUGUUAACACAUUUGUGUAUGAGGUGAUGGCAUUUCUUGAUCGUCAAAAGCAAUCAAGGAAUCCCAAGUAUAUUCUUGUUCACUGUACCCAUGGGCAUAAUCGUACAGGUUUUAUGAUUGUUAAUUACCUACUGCGCACUCAACUAUCUAGUGUUACCGAGGCACUGAACAUAUUUGCACAACGGCGACCUCCUGGAAUAUAUAAAAGUGACUAUAUUCAAGCUCUCUAUUCAUUUUAUCACGAAAUUCCUGAAAAUAUUGUAUGCCCUCCAACACCAGAAUGGAAGAGACCCUCUGAUCUUGAUUUGAACGGUGAAGCUAAGCAGGAUGAUGAUGAUGGCAAUGGAGAUCUUGCGCCAUCACCUACCCAUGAAGAUGAUAAAGUCAUUACUAAUGAUGAUAUCUUAGGGGAUGCUGUACCUAAUGACCAGCAAGAUUUCCUGCGCAGUAUAUGUUUUCGGUUACUUGAAUUAGUGCCUAGUGGUAGAGCUAAUGCUCAGUUUCCCGGAUCUCAUCCAGUGUCUCUUAACAGCGAGAAUCUGCAAAUUCUGAGACAGCGAUAUUAUUAUGCAACAUGGAAAGCCGAUGGAACGCGAUACAUGAUGCUUAUAACACGUGAUGGUUGCUUUCUAGUUGAUAGGAACUUCUGCUUUAGAAGAGUUCAGAUGCGUUUUCCUCUUCGAAAUCCGAAUGAAGGUUUCCACCACUAUACAUUGAUUGACGGAGAAAUGAUUGUUGACACUGUACCGGGUUUGGGGUUGAAGAGGAGAUACUUGGCAUAUGAUCUAAUGGCACUUAAUUCCCAGUCUGUAGUCAAGUUGCCUUUUUCUGAGAGGUGGAAAUUACUUGAUGAUGAGAUAACACGCCCACGCUUUCAUGAUAAAGGACAUUUUGAUAGUGGUGCAAAAGGCAGUCCAUCAUACAAAUAUGACAUGGAACUAUUUUCGGUAAGGAGAAAGGAUUUCUGGCAACUUUCUGCAGUGAACAAGAUACUGAAGGAGUUUAUUCCGAAGCUUUGUCAUGAAUCUGAUGGGCUUAUAUUACAGGGAUGGGAUGAUCCUUAUGUAACUCGUACACAUGAAGGUCUUUUGAAGUGGAAAUAUCCAGAGAUGAAUUCAGUUGACUUUCUGUUCGAGAUUGGUAGCGAGAACCGUCAGUUCAUUUUCCUCUAUGAGAGAGGUAGAAAGAAACUUAUGGACAGUGCUCGGGUGGUGUUCCCUGAUGAAGUUGAUCCAUCUUCAAUAUCAGGGAAAAUCGUCGAGUGCUCUUGGAAUAAACAAGAGGAUUGUUGGUCCUGCAUGCGCAUUCGAACAGAUAAAUCGACUCCUAAUGAUAUCAAUACUUACAGAAAGGUAAUGAGGAGCAUCACUGAUAACAUUACUGAAGACAAGCUCCUGGAGGAAAUAUAUGAAAUCAUGAACCUUCCUAUGUACGCUGAUAGGAAAGCAAAGCCUCAUGCGCGGAAUAUGGCUCAACAACGAAGGAGAUGAUAGAGGGCCAGUUAUACAUAUUCAUCUUGUACAAUUAUAGAGAGCUGUAACCCUGCAACCAACAGAUAGCAAAGGCCAGCUGGUCCAGGCAGUAGCUUGCUUAGAUAGUGUUUAUAUCUUCAUAGUGAGCCAUAAGCAAGCCGAGAAUUUUUCAAAAUGAUCUCCCUGUUGAUCAUUUCAGAAUGUUGUAAUUCUUCAAUUAUGUAUAUCCUCUGAUGUGCUAUACGGCUACACCUUCCUUUGUUUCGUGGCCCCUCCAGCAAAUAGGUUCUUCAAUUAUGUCAACAGUCACAAUGCACAUAAUUUAUGUGCAUGUAAUAAAAAGUAAACAUACAAAUGGCAUACUGGAGUACGCGACG